GUGAACGCCACCGCUGCGCCGGUCCGCUGCCUCGAAGUCCCACCGCUCUGUCUAAGUCUUACUUCCUCGUCUGCUCUGUGUUCUCUAGCUCACCAGAACGCCUAACGCCGACAGAGCUGACCGUCGUUGCUGCCGUGUCGAACACAGCGCCUCAAACUUCACGUAUGCGAGAAGGCGGCGCCUUUACACGCGCGAAACACCACCACCGUCAUUCCGUCUCUGACAGCAACGCUCACCAGCCAUAGUCGCUCGACACUAUGCACGAUGCUAUAGAGGCAUCUGGAAAACGCGUCGGUCCAGAGAUCGAGAGUACACCAGUCGUGCAAAAUCCACGUCGCGUUCGGCACAUUACUGCUGUUCAAGUUCGCAAUCUAACACCGUUCCCUGUCCGCGAUGCAUUCGCGUCGGCAUUGAAGCUACCAUCUGAGCAGUCGCAAUUCACACCUCAAGGCCAUUUCACCGACGACCUGGACGUGGUCGUGGGCCGCAAGCAUGCUAGGAGGUUGUCGUCAUCAUCUAGCAUUCAUGGUUCUGGGACACGGCAUGAUCAGGAGAACGUGCAGCGUGACGGCUUCGAGCGCGCGGGCGAGAGUGGUGCGCGCAGGAGGACUCUGUCGAAGGCAAGCACUUCCGGUGGCUCGACCUCUGGAGCAUCAGCAGCUCCGAGUAUAGCACGGCGUUCAUCCUCCGGAGUUGUGCCUACUGUGCGUCCGCCUCAUCGCCAGCGGACGAUAUCCGCUACAUCUGCGUUCACCUCGGACAGCGGCAGGUCGCGUUCUAUGGAUUGGCGGGAUUCGUAUGCGUCCAGUUCGAGAUUACCCGAAUUCUUGCAAGAUACCUCUCAGCGCGGCCUAGAGAAGGUCCUGCAAAGCCGGCUGGUCGCAACAUUCCUCACCAUCACACUGCCUCCUGAACCGCCGUGCAGCGCCUCAGGUUUCAAUGGUAGUAGCAAAGGUGAGGCAACAACGAAGGCAACCGCGUCUCCCCGACCUCCCACUCCCGAUCACAUGCGGUCCUCUAGUCGGGAGCGAGCCGCAGGGCUUGCGCAGAAAGUCGUCGAGGCUUCAACGAAACCGACCGCGGUCAGGCGAACCUCUACAGCAAGUACCUCCGCGAAGAAGCCACCAUCUAGACCUUCGACCCCGUCGAAGCUCAAUCCCGCGACACCUGCUGUCAAGUCUGGUCAACCUAGCUCGCACGUUAGAAAUACGUCAUCCUUGUCGAAUGGCAGGAUACCCAAGGCAUCGACUUCGCCGAAGACGCCUACAUCACCCUCUGCGCACAGACAGCGCCCGUCUAUACCCUCUUCCUUGUCUCCUUCACCGUCCCUAUCCAAGUCCGAAUUCCCUGCCACACCUCCCGCUACGCCGCCCCCACUGGCCUCUCCUCAGAUCUCGUCAGAUGAUUCACCGCCAGUGCCGGACUACAUCUCGCUGAGUCACAGACCCUCUACGAACCCGACUUUCCAGAUGGAUGCGCACUCGAAGGGCGAGUUUGCCCCGGGUACAGACCUGAGCGGGUCGAAACUGCGUGUUGAGAUGUGGGGUAGGGUCCAGCGCGGACUCGGAUGGGCGUCCAUGCGCGAAGGAGAUGCGAAGGGCAAGGGAAAAGAGACGCACCGCGCUGAGGAGGACGGCUGGGAGUGGAGGGUGCUCGAGAGCUGGGACGUGGACCUCAUGGACCUUGUGCCACUGACUGACGACCUCGCUGCGCAUCCGUCGCAUCUGCAUUCGAAUGCGCUCCUCAUUACGCUGUCGCCCCCAGGACAGACGUUCUACCUCCCACCUCCGCCUUCGACACGCCCGUCCGAACCCGCGUUUCCAAGUACUCAAUCAUCUGGCUAUAGCUCAGAGCCCGAGUCAGAGGCCAGGAAAGUCAGGACUGCAGGAGACAUCAUCUUGCCCAGUCAACCUGCAGGACCGGAAGUUGAAGCAUCAACGAAGCGUUCUGCUCUUCCACAGCUCGGUGAGAAGGUAGAGCUCGGGUCGCUCAAGAGAAGGGGAAGACGUGUCACGGCGUCGUGGCCGGACUUGCUGCAAUUGAUCCAUGUGCAUGCAUGCAUAGAGGACACACGGCAAUCCCUGUCAACAGUUGUACAAGAGAUCAAUCAAGUUGUUACUGAACCUGCCUCAAUAUUACGUCGCGAAGUGUCGGAACGCGAGGCGUGGACCGGGCAGCUACAGUCAGAGACGGACGUUCUGCAUUCUGAGUCUGAGGAUAUAAGGGAGCGUAUACAAGCACGUCGUGAAGACCUCCGCAAGCGGAAAGAGACCCUCGCUGCGGCGCGCGAGUCUCAUGAAAGCUAUUCGCAGUUAGAGUUUGACCUAGAACAGGAGAUGUUGGACGAACGGCAACGUCUCGAUUCCCUCCGAAGAGAGAUUGGACCGUUACGCAGCGAUGUCAUCAAUACCCUCGCCUUCAUUUUCCCGAUUGAGCUCGUCUCGCCGCCCGACCUCCUCUUCACCGUCCUCGAUGUUCCACUCCCGAUACCGAUCGGCGCCACUGACCCUUCUCCGCCUCUCUCACUUCCCUCGCAUAAGGAAGUGACAGAAGAGACGGUCGCUACGGCGCUUGGGUACGCAGCCCAGGUCGUGCAUUUGCUCGCCGCGUACACGGGUAAGCACCUUGUGUAUCCGGUAACAAACAUCGGGAGCAGGAGCCUCAUCAAGGAUAGUAUCUCUGCGAUGGUGGGGCCGAGAUCAUUCCCGCUGUUCACCAAGGGCGUGGAGACUUACAGAUUCGAGUACGGCGUGUAUCUGCUGAACAAGGACAUUGAAUUGCUCAUGUCAGAGCGCAAUCUGCGUGCGCUCGAUAUGCGGCAUACACUUCCUAAUCUGAAGAAUCUCCUGCUCACGCUUACUGGCGCCGAAGCAGGACCGCGUCCCUCGCAGCGCUAUUCCGUCGCGUCAUCCUCUGCAUCGCUGUCCUCGUUGCGCUCGCCGAUCCUCACCGCAUCGUCGUUGCCUACUCCGGAUGCCAGUACAAACUCAGCAAUGAUGUCGAGUAAUGCCGGACAGAAGCCGUCUGCACCACCGGACGGCCUGCCCACUGUCGCUGUCACUUCGCCCGUCGCUGAGAGCGAGUCGCCGCCUCGGAGCGGGUCGACCACGCCGACACGGUCUGUGGCGGACGCUGCCGCGCCGCGCAAGUCGCGGGCGUUCCUGGACCUCACGCCGCUCACUGGGUUCGGCUUCCUCCGUGGACGGUACGCGAGCAGUUCACGAUCAGCCUCGGGCUCGCAGGACGGCCCGUCGAGCGAGUCUGGCAAUGAUGGUGAGUCUGCCCAGGCGGCGUCUGAUGGCACUGACGCCGCUGUCGAGUCGGCCGCCGGGGAUGACGAGGAUGAUCGACGGACGAUCCGCGGGAGACGUGAUACCAUCGUGGCGGGUGGAGAGGCCAAGGCUGAUGUAAAUCCUGCUGGUAAUGGCCAUGCUGUACCAGGCCAGAACGGUGCAGCUGAGAAGACUGGCAAUGGCGUGGACCGCCGGGACACACCGGUGUUGGUUGAUGGGACGAGUUGACAUGUUUCUGGUGGGAUGUUGUAUGCCUAUGCUUUGGAGGGUAUUUGCAGUACAGUGUGAGGUAUACUAGUCUGUGUGGUUCGUUAUAUUCGCUCAUCUAUCAACUCCCUGGGCUCGAAUGCGUCUCGUGCAGAUAUGUGUUGUUCGCAGAAGAUUUGAGGACGCGUCUUAAAGACUUGCGGCAGACCUGCUACCGUCCGACGUUGAAUUCGGGACCCUGACUUCUCUG